GAAAUUCUUGUCCGUGCGUCGGAUUUUGACCACGCCCUUCUGUGAAGCGUCAUCAUGGGUGACGCAGUCUAUGGGGGGGGCUCGUCGCAAAUUUAUGUUUGUUUAUCAGGCGGCAGUGCUUCGCUAUUAUGUGAUGUUUUGACUUGAAGUCUACUACACCUGUAUGAGGCAUUGUACAGGUUUGUGCAAUGGACUGCAACAGAAACUUUGACAGUUUUCCAGACACUUCCCUGGUGCUCCUUUCCUUCCUUAAGCAAAAAGGCUGCCAAAAUAGCCAGCUUCAAAGAGAGCUUGAUUAUCUUGAUGAAAAGCUAACGCUGCCUACAAAUCACAAUUAUAUUGAGAGUGAUGAGGAAUUACAAGCGGAUGGACACAGUUUCUCAGUCAGCUACAGAGAACUUCUACAUGAAUUUCAGAAUCAAGUUCAGCCUCAACUACCAGUCAAUGCUGAAGAGGCUCAGGCAGCGAGGGAAAUGGCUGCAGAGUUGAUCAGAAUUGCAGACCUGCUUGAGCAGAGAGUCCUGUCCCAGGCUGCUGACAGUUUGUCCAAGAAACUAUGCAGAUCUCAAGAGCUGUUUUGGGGCGGACAUCUUUCUGAUGGAGUGCAGGCCUUACUUCGCCAAGUGGCAGGUGCCAAAGAGUUUAAGAAGGAACUUGUGGAGAUGGCCUUCACUUUUGUGCUUAUGAAGACUGUUUGUGAACAUGUGCCUCAAUUCUUCUUUGGUCUUUACGGCACAGUGGUGCAGUAUUUCUUACCACACAGAUCCCACUCAUGAGCUCUGUGUUCCAGUUAUUCAUUCAUGGAAUGUGAAUAUGUGUGUAUAGAUAAAUGAUACAUUUGAAAUCUUUGCUAAAAGUGAUAGUCAAGACUGCAAUGCUAGCAAAACCUUAUGUAAAAUAUUUCUUUCUGAAAAAGUUUCCUUUUUUCUGUAUAUUCCUUGUAAUACUGUCUGUGAUUAACCUUCUUUCUUUUUUUUUUUGGCACUUUGGCCAUGUUUUAUGGUCUUGUUAGGCAUUUGAUUGUUUCUUUAACUGCCAUGGAAAAAAAUAUCCUGAUUAUACGGGAAACUAAACCAAAUUUGUGAAAAAUAUAUGCACUCUGAUAACUUUUUGAUCUCUUUCAAUCUUAUAAUCUCUUCUCAUUCAGUCUGUAAAGCAUAUCACACGAUCAACCGUCUCUUUUGAAAUACAACAAAUCUGACUCA